AUGGCUCCCAAACCUCCCACCUACCCCCGCGGUGCCAAGGGCUUGAAGAGGUCGGGCGAUCCCGAUGUUCCAGUGACACGCUGGGCCCCCAACGGCAUACAGCUCCAGCCCUUUGACGUUCGAAUCUUCCAUCACCGUGGCUGCUUCUUCCCCGCUCCUUCGAAGUUGAGCCAUGUCGAGACUUUCGACUCCGCCGACGAGCCUGGAGAUGCCCCGGAACACCAUGAUGCCACUUUGGACGAGAACCAUGACCAGCAGAGCAUUGUCCUGCCACCCGUUGCUGGUCAGCAGCCGGCGGAUUACUACGGUCCAGCAAGCAACUAUGCUGGUUCUAUCUCAAGUGACUCGGACUCGGACUCCGAUUCAACCUCCCGAAACGAUGACGCUAGUUACGCCGUCGAAGCCGACACCGACUCCGACCCUGCAUUUUCUUCCUGUGAUGGCGCCUUCGCUACUGAGGCCGGAGAACAUGAUGCCGAUGGCGACGACGAUGCCAUGAGCGUCGAUCUCGAUGAUGAGGGCUUUGGCAUCCUUCCGGCCGGGCUGGAUGAGCCCCAGCUUAAACUCAGGCCCGCCAGUACCGCGCAGAUGUUGGAUAUCAUGCAUGCCGCUACUGACGAACUGAACCAUGAUCAUGUCAUAUCUUUUCGUCACUCGAGACAUCUUCCGCCCCUACCUGAAGGAUACGAAUUUAUUGUGACACCUACCAUGGCUUUCUGCAGAAAACCCUAUCUCAUUCUGCCCGUCAAUUCUGCUCGCUCCAACCGCAUAAGAAAAGACGACCACUAUGACCAUGAAGAGGCCACGCCUCUCUGA